UGUGCGAGUUUAGUUUGGCCUUUCACAUCGUUUGACAAAGUACAAGCACAUCGUUGCUCUCCCAAUAUGACUGCCGCUUCAGCCGAUAGUGUUUUUGUAACCCGUUCAGAGGGUAUAUCCGCCGAGGGUGUGCGGGAUCAGUAUGCGGAUGGUAAAGCCGCCAAGGUGUGGGAGAUCUUCAUUGGCGACAAAAAUUCCCGCACCGACAAUUACAAGAAGUUUCUCAUCAAUUUGCUGAGGGCCAAGAACUGCAAACGCAUUCUGGAUGUAGCCUGUGGAACGGGUGUUGACUCUAUUAUGUUGCUGGAGGAGGGCUUCGAAGUUGUCUCCGUUGAUGCCUCCGAUAAAAUGUUGAAAUAUGCCUUGAAAGAGCGCUGGAAUCGCCGCAAGGAGCCUGCUUUUGACAGAUGGAUCAUUGAAGAAGCCAACUGGCUAACACUGUACGAUGAUAUCAAAGACGUUGUCAAGGGCGGAUUUGAUGCCGUCUUAUGCCUGGGAAAUUCUUUCGCCCAUUUGAUGGAUUCCAGCCCCCAGCAAUUAGAACACAAAAAGGCCAUUAGGAAUUUCGAAAUGUGUUUGAGACCAGGUGGUAUGUUACUGAUUGAUCAUCGCAACUACGACAACAUUUUGGAGACUGGUUCAACACCUGCCAAGAGUUUGUACUACAAUACAAGCCACACCGCUGAUAUAAAAACAUCCGUUUUAUUCUACUGCGGCAAGCCGGCCAUGGUCACAAUGGACUAUCAAAUCGAGGCUAAUAACUUAAAGAGCGAGUUCCGUUUGUCCUAUUAUCCUCAUGCGCUUAAUCAGUUUUCCAAUAUUCUGAAGGAGAUUUUCGGUGCUAAGGCGGAACAUCAACUUUUUGGAGACUUCAAGGAUUUGAGUGUUGUCAAAAAUCCGGCCUUCUACAUCCACUUAAUCCAAAAACCUUUGAAUUAAUGUAUAGUUUUAGUUGUUGUAAGACAUCUCCAUACAAACUAAAAAUCCUUGACCUUUUUUCCCACGACUUAUAACACUUUUAAUAACGAUUACAAUGAAAAGAAAAAAAACAAUUCAUAA